ACUCUCUUAUCUCUCUCUCUCUCUCUCUCUCUCUCUCUCUCUCUAAAUCGGGAGAGAUAUAGAGUGAGAAGGUCCACAGAGAGCAGCCCAACUUGCAGUUGUGUAGUAAUGCGGCAACAUCAGCUGGAAGGCCAACCCUACUAACCUAUAAUUGAGUCAUCAAUUUAUCUCUUCACUCAGUUCUAUGUAUUUAUAACUCUCUCGAUCUCUUCACUUCAGUUGAGGAACAGAGAGAAACAGAGCACUGCGCGCACCCAUUAUGGAGGGUCCAAUGGCAUUCCUAAUUCUCUUCACGUCCUUACUCUUUUUCUCUUCAACCACCGCCGCCGCCAUUGCUGCUGUCCCAAAACAGCAAGAGCUGGACCGAAUUUCAGCUCUCCCUGGACAACCACCGGUGACGUUUUCUCAAUUCUCCGGCUACAUUACGGUCAACGAGCAACAUGGCCGAGCUCUCUUCUACUGGUUGACCGAAGCCGCUGCUUAUCCUGAGAAGAAACCGCUUGUUCUUUGGCUCAACGGAGGGCCAGGCUGUUCAUCAGUAGCAUAUGGUGCAUCAGAGGAAAUCGGGCCAUUUAGAAUUAACAGAACCGGUGUAUCUCUUUAUCUCAACAAGUAUGCGUGGAAUACAGAAGCAAAUAUUUUGUUUCUUGAAUCGCCUGCUGGUGUUGGUUUCUCUUACUCAAACACAAGCUCCGACCUAAAAGAUUCUGGAGACAAACGGACGGCUCAGGAUGCUCUAGUCUUUCUAAUUAGAUGGAUGUCACGGUUUCCACAAUACAAAUAUAGAGAAUUCUACAUUGCUGGGGAGAGCUAUGCUGGGCAUUAUGUUCCCCAGUUGGCGAAGAAAAUUGUCGAUUAUAAUAAAGCAAACAUGCAUCCCCUCAUCAACCUUAAAGGCUUCAUGGUGGGAAAUGCAGUAACAGACAACUACUACGACAGCAUUGGAACGGUUACAUUUUGGUGGAGCCAUGCAAUGAUAUCCGACAGAAGCUACCAUUCAAUUCUCAAGCAUUGCAAUUUCAAGGACGAUAAAGCAUCACAGGAAUGUGAUGAUGCAGCAGGUUAUGCCAUGAACCAUGAGUUCGGAGACAUCGAUCAAUACAGUAUUUAUACACCUUCUUGCUUGCCGUUGCGUAACGGUACAAAUACAACGAAGCCUCUACGGCUCAAAAAUACUCUCCUACGUCGAAGGAUUUUUUCUGGGUACGAUCCCUGUACUGAAAAUUAUGCAGAGAAAUAUUAUAACCGGCCGGAUGUGCAAAAGGCAAUGCAUGCAAAUGUUACUGGAAUUCCUUACAAAUGGACUGCUUGCAGUGAUGUUCUUAUAAAAAACUGGAACGAUUCUGAAAGUUCUCUGCUACCCACAUACAAGGAGCUGAUUGCAGCUGGUCUAAGAAUCUGGGUUUUCAGCGGAGACACAGAUUCAGUGGUUCCAGUGACUGCCACUCGGUUCUCUCUCAGCCAUCUCAAUCUCACGGUUAAAACUAGGUGGUACCCAUGGUAUUCUGGUGGUCAGGUAGGAGGAUGGACAGAAGCCUACAAUGGGUUAACCUUUGCUACAGUGAGAGGUGCUGGGCACGAAGUUCCACUGUUUCAACCCAGGAGAGCAUUCACUCUUUUCAGAUCUUUUUUGGCAGGGAAAGAAUUACCACCAACAUCUUGACAAAUUACUUGGAGAUGAUAACGAACGAUAAUUGGUCAUCUUUGAGGGAGUUCUUUCUAUAAUUGUUUCAAUUAACUUGAAAUUCCACAAAAUGGUGGGGUAGGAUAGGAAUCAUUCAUUCAAAUUAGUAUUUAUAAUUUGAAGGACAAAAUUGUUACAUUUCUUGUAAUGGACUGAUGCAAAUUGAGUUUCCCGUUAAGGAAUUGGAUUAAUAUUGUCACGCCCCAAGUUCUUCAAUGCAAGCAUGAGAUAGAUUUCCUUGCCUAGGGCUAAGCGCAUAGCUUUUAGUACAACUCCCAUACAAAUAUAUGUACGUGGCCGUCGAUGACAAAUCACAUUUCAAUAGCUAAUAUAGCAAGUGUGAUGAAUCGUUACGUCAAUUUGUAAAUGUGAUAAUAUCACAUGGACUUGCACUUAAAUUUGUAAAUACUUGUAUUAAAAUUUAUAUUGCUCUUAGCAGCAUUCUUUUCAUAUUCAA